GCGGUCCUACCCCAAAACCAGUGCAGUGGCACGGACUACCACAGGCACGGACGCGACACAAGCGGACACAAGUGCCAGCUGAAAUUCUUGUUUUAGAGCUUGUUAGCUAGGUUUUAGCAAUACUUAAAUAUGGUAUUAAUCUAACAGAGAUUACACAGGGACCAGCAUUGAAGCCAGUUAGUUCGUCGUCAUCAUGGUGUGUGCCAGAGUGCUCCAGCUGUUGGCGUUAGCUUGCCUUGGCUCUGCUCUACCUGCCAGAGUUGAAGCUGACUACUAUUUGAUGGUAGUCCCGCAGUCUCCAGUGCUAGAGAUGGGGACCAACUUCACGGCUACAUGUGUGAUCAUCAACACGUCGGAAGUUACAGCAGAUGACCUUUACUGGACUCUUGCCGGGACAACUGUACCCAAAGAACAGUACACCAAGAUCAACGGAUCAGCUCUCAAUGUCACUGUCCCCAUCACCAGUGAAAAGACUGAAUGGUUAAUGUGCAAAUGCAAAAAGAAAACCACACUCUUUUUCAUCCACAACGAAGGCAAAUUAAUUCACGGGAUCGACCUUAAAAAAGGCUAUGUUCCGGGGAAGCCUGAGAAUCUGUCCUGUGAGGCAGUUCAGCAGAAACAGUACAUCUCUACAACUUUCAGCUGUGAGUGGCAAACAGUAGGAAGUCAGACUGCUACAGUCCCUACAUCAUACACUCUGUAUACUGCAGUCCUCCCAGGGAGUGGGCAGCCCUACAGUGUGACAACACAAAAAAACAGAACCCAAGUGAAGUUAGGGGACACUUUCCCCCAUUAUAUGACGCUGGAGGUCUGGGUGGAGGCACAUAAUAAACUGGGGAAAAUAGAAUCUGAGCAUCUGAAAGAAGAUUCCGGAUGGUUUGUGAAAACAGACCCUCCUUCGGACGUCAAAGUCUUUUCAGAGAAGAGUUUUCCCACUUCCCUUCUGAUAAACUGGACUCAUCUUAUUCCUACAAUACGUCUGAAAUUAACCUAUCGAAUAAGAUACCGCCAGAAUGGGACUCAAAAUUGGACUCCUGUACCUCUCGGGGACACUGCAUCGGACAUAAAGUCCUUCAGACUCCAGGACCUUCAGCCAUACCAAGUGUAUGAAAUCCAGGUGUCCUGCAAAAAUGCCAAGGAGGGCCAUGGUUACUGGAGCGACUGGAGUACCAUCGUUACCAAGAGAACACCAGAGGCCCGACCAACAAGUAAACCAGAUCUAUGGAGAGUCAUUGCUGAGGGUGACGGCAAAAAUGAACGACGAGUGCAGUUUAUUUGUAAGGAUCCUGUGCUUGCCAACGGGAGGAUAGUAAGCUUCGACAUAAAGAUUCAAGACCCAAAGGAUAAAGUCAAGAACGGAAGUUUGGAGUGGAAGAAUAUACCCAGAUCCAGCCAGGGGAAGAUCACUGAUCUCAAACAGAUUGACCUGGCUGACCAGAAAUCUGUCAGAGUGUACAUCAACGCUACCAAUUCUGUGGGGAAAUCUGAUGAGGCAUCGUUAUUCAUCUUGGCAAAAGCACGUGAGUCAGAGCUCGCCCCGGUUGAAGAGCUGAAGGUGUUUCCCCACAGGGGCCAACUGUGGCUGGAAUGGAAACCCCCCAACAGUACAAAGUUGGUGUCUGAGUAUGUGGUGGAGUGGGUCGGAGGUGCUCAGAUAGACUGGCAGAAGGAGAAGAGAAAUACCACACACACUGCCAUUAAAGGCCACCUUGACAAGUUUGUUUGCUACAACGUAUCGGUGUAUCCAAUAUACAGUGGAUGGAUUGGGAAGCCCGCAAGAAAAGAAGCCUAUCUCGAGCAAGGAGCUCCGUUGGAAGCCCCCAUUGUCAGAUUGCACAAAGCAGGACGUAACCAGGCCACGCUGAACUGGACGGAGAUUUCCCAAGGCAGUCGUCGAGGCUUCAUCACAAACUACACCAUCUUCUACACAAGUGGAACUGAAGUACACAACAUAACCGUGCCAGCUAACACCGCCUCGUACACUCUGACGUCAUUGUCAGGCAACACCAAGUAUGACACUUGGGUCAAGGCUUCAACCAUCGGAGGCUCAAAGAUCAGCUUUAAUCACUCAUUCACCACUCUGAGAUAUGCCCCAGGAGAGAUGGAGUUCAUUGUGGUCGGAGUGAGCCUGGGCUUUCUGUUUAUUGUUGUCAUGACCAUGCUGCUCUGUGUCUACAAAAAAGAUGUGAUCAAGGAGAACUUUUGGCCUCAGAUUCCAGACCCUGGAGAGAGCACCAUCGGAAACUGGUCGCCUGAUUAUCCUUUGAAAGCUGACACACCGAGGGAGAACGGUCUGUCGGGCAUCAGCGUGCUCGACAUGGACGUGUGUGACGGGAAGUGUGUGUUCGAGGAGGACAAGGCCAGUCUGUCUCUGAAGAAGGGCAAGUAUCUGUCGGAGGAGCACAGCAGUGGCAUCGGCGGCUCCUCCUGCAUGUCCUCGCCGCGCCAGAGCGUGUCCGACAGCGACGAGGGCGGAGACAUGGCCGACACCACGGCCAGCACCGUCCAGUACUCCUCGGUGGUGCCGGCGCCCCCCAGCGGCUACAAGGGUCAGACCCCCAACUCCCAGCCCCAGCAGGCUCUUUUCUCCCGGUCCGAGUCCACGCAGCCCCUGCUGGACUGCGAGGAGAACCCGGACGUGUUGCAGCAGGAGGGCAGCAGACAGUCCCAGCGUUCCCCCCCCCGACCGCCCCGCUUCACAGAUGGCGCCGACCCCGCUGGCAUUGCGGAGCAGCAGGAGCUGCUGGAGCCUCUGGACUUCUGUCCACUGGGAGAGGACUCUGAGCAGGCGACGCCUGUGGACGGCCAGGCUGCUGACUGGCUGCCGGCGGCGGCGCCACUCUCCAGCUACAUGCCUCAGCUGGGGGGCUACAGGCCACAGUAACAACACAUGUCACCCAUGGGAACGGUUCUGUGCCUUUUUUGUUUAAAGUCUCUGAACAGCCACACAGGUGUUUUCAGUUCUUCUGGCUGAUGUGCUCAUGUUGAAUGUGGGCCACAGCUUAGAUGGGACUUCUUAGGUCUAGGGAUGUCCCGAUCACAGUAUGGGAGUGGAGCCGAUUUUGGCUUUUUUUUUUAACUGAUCGGAGAGCGGCAUUUACCGUGAUUAUCUUACUCCGAUCACGUACAUCAGCUUGUAGGGAUCGCUGCCUUUAACCGCACACGCCCUGCGCCACAAACGCACCGCCAGACUGCCUGGAUGGCGGCACUUUCAGACCAAAAUGGCGCGGCCAAUCACCAGUGUUUGUCCAGAGAGAGUCUCGUAGCUCGCCUUCGUCUUCCUUAGUCACCUGUUCCUUACACAAGCGGAUUACUCUAAUUCUCCACCCUUCUUCCGUGAUUCCAACGCGUUCAGGCUGUUAUUCCCUGGAGCCGACAUCGGUAAACACGAGAAGAAAAAAUCUAAGAUUUACUAUUAAAGGGGCGCUAUGCAGUUUUGGUAAUUUCUUCGCGGUUUUCUCUCUUUUUGCUCGCAGGUUUCUCUAUAGAGCUCCCCCUACAGCUUCAGAAUAGAUAUUUGGCAAUGCUGUUGUAAAAACUCAUUGGCGACUAUAGUGUGAAAAACUCCAUCGCUACCUUAUAGCUCUUAUAGUUCUUAUAGCUAGCCGGUUCCUGGAUGUGUGCAGUGCCGUGAAGCAGUUCGUUACAUGGUGAGACCUGAUAUCACGCCAUACUUCCUGGCGCCGAGGCUGCCGGCUCACAGGUCCAAAGUUGCGAGGGUGGUUUUUCCGCUCACAGGCGCUAGGGGGGAGCGAGACGACCACCAUUCAACUCGAAAAAAAAGUCAUAUAACCAUUCCAAUGUCUCCGAAGAUGUUCAGUUAAGGUCAAUUAAGCUAAAAAAACUGCAUAGUUCCCCUUUAAGGGCAAGAGGCAUCACUAAGGUUAGUUUUUGUUGUCCAGCGGGGAACUUUUUUUGACAGAAAAGACUCCCAUCCUCCACUAAGUUAAAUUGUAUUAAGCUGACGACAUAUUUUAGUAACUUUGUUUACUUAGUUAUUUUUUUAAACAAAACAAAAGCGCUGUGCAGCUCUAUUAUCUGAGCAAAUACAAGUAUCGGAUCGGGACUCGGUAUCAGCAGAUAUUCAAUAUUUCAAAAAAUCGGAUCGGGGGUCAAAAGAGCUGAUUGGGACAUCCCUAGUUAGGUCACAAAUCCUUUCUACCGACAGGAAUGAUAAAGGUGUCAUUUGUCCCGCCCUAACAGGUGCAACAACACUAACAGUGGACUCAGGCAGAUGUCAAUCAAUCAGUCUAGGAACCCCCCCACACACACACACACACACACACACACACACACACACACACGGUCCUGGGAAGAGGGUCCAAUCAGCCACAUUAACUCAGAACACCUGUGUGGGUGUUGAGGGCCUUUAAUGCCAAAUGCAAAUUUCAAGUCUUUGAAGCAGUAAAGAAUAGGGCUGUGCAAUUAACCCAAAUGUUAAUCGUGAUUACAAUUCUGGCUCCUAAUGCUCACAAAUAAACCAAUUAAUUGAAUUAUACAUUACCUUUUGCACCAAACUCUUACUUUGUCUUUUGUUUUGAAUGAGAAAGACGAGAAGGAUGAAGGGACAUUUCACAGUUGAAGGUGUGUUCACUGUUGAUUUCUUUAACCACUUCACUGUUUGUUUGUUUUAACUCUAAUAAUUGCAACAUCUUUCCAAAAGACAACAAGCAGCCGUGUUAAACGCUCGUGAUUUCAAUAUUUACCAAAAUACUUGCGAUUAUGAUUUUUUUUUUUUUUCACCAUGGAGCAGCCCUGCUGUAGCAGCAUAACCAAGUAUAACUAGUUGAGGAUGCUUCAGGAGACUAGUCUGCAAUAGGAAUUAGAGCUUGUAGCUGUAGUUUUGCUAGCUUUGCACUCCCAUGGGGAAAAAAGACGCAGCAUAUCUUUGUGGUCAAAUAAUGCCCCAUACUCGACACACGUCACAUUUUUGUGUGCGUGUGGACCAUAGUUUGGAGAGUGAUGGGUGCUACAGCAGGCAGAGAGAGGUCUGACACAGGGAGUCUGUGGCUUCAUCUACACCACUACCUUUUCAUUUUAAGGCCAUAUCGAUCGCUGUCCACACAACCCCGGAGUUUGCUAACCAAAAUGGGGGCAGCAGUGUUUCCAAAUUUCUCCGUUUUAGGGGCUUGGAAACGCCGCGGUAGUGUGGACGCGGGGCGUGAACGUAGCAAAAGAGCUUUGUUUUUAGGCCCAAACGUAGCCGUGGAAAGGUAGCCCUUGAUUGGCGCUUAGUGUUUGUGUUGGAGCGGUCUCUUGCUGUAGCGCCCUCUUGUGGAGGGACUGGACCUCAGCAGGGAUGUUACCGUUGGUUACUCGGGCAUUUCAUUGUCAUCGUCGUUUAAUGGCACAGACUUAUGUUUUUUAGUUUAAGUAUAUACACUGCACAUGAAUGUUAUCUAGUAAAAGAAGUUCACACUGACAUGUACAUGAUGAAAGGUAUCUUUAACUGCCUUUUGAAAGUAAAAAAAACAUUUUUUUUUAAAACAUUUAAAAUGCAAUGCAUAUCUGAGUAAUAAACAGUUUCUAGCUCAUGCGUUAUCAUUUAGUUGAAGCAUCACCUCCGCUGUAUUUUUCUAUCAUUUUAUGUUCAUUUCUAGAAGAUAAAGGGCUUCCUGAAGAUGAGAUUUACUCCUUAGGUCAGAGAUCUUCAACAGGGGGGCCGGUACCCCUGGGGGGGGGGGGGGGGUCCUCGGAGUUGCUGCAGGGGCAAAUUAUUGUUUGAUAGUAAAAAAAAAUAUAUAAAUACACCAUUAUUAGCAAUGUAUACAACAUUGAUGAUAAGCAUACUGGCCUAGAGCUAAGCUAGCCAUAAGGUAGCCAACCAGUUUAAGGAUUCACUGUGUCACAUUUUUUACUUUAAGACAUGAAGUAUAAAUAUGCCAACAAUUUUUAUUUUAAAAGCUUAGUAUUGUACGGUGAAAAGGUAUGUGUGAAGGCUUUAGGUCGCCCUUUGCGUUAUUGUAGGCCCAGUUUAAUAUGCAACUCUAUUUUAUACACUAUAUAUGUAGUAGGGAGUCCUGCUCCGUCUCUUUUUCAGCUAAGAGGUCUUUGGCUUUUUAAAUGUUGCCUUACGUAUUGAAAUUGGGUAAUGAAUGACGAGGCAUUUUUUCCAAUACUUUUAGAGGCAGUUUGGUCGGAGCCUGAAAAGGAUUGAGUUAGGUCCCCAGCCCUACCGUCGACCAACAGCAGCUUGAUGCGUACAGCUGUGAGUAGUUGUUGGGAAGUGGUCUGACCAUGUGAUCAAUCACUGUGAUUUUUGGGAGUUGGGCCUAUGGCCUAAUUUCUCUGACCUGACUGAAGGAUUGCAGGGCUCUGGACACAAUAAACAGAAAUUCCACCUUAAUGGAAAAAAAAUCUGCUUGCCUGCAAAGUUUUGCCUUUUUUGACUGUUUUAUACUAUAAUAUCUUCAACAUGUUUUAGUGUUUUAGUCGUGCUAUAUGAAAGAGAAGGACUACUGCGGACUGGAUGUUGUGUGAAUUUCUAUUUUUUUUUUUUUUUCAAAGCACGGUUUCAGUGGGAACUGUUGGAGAGGUGAAGCGUUUCCUUACCUGCCGGCAAAAGUUAAAAGCUUUCUCGGUGUUGGAACGCUGUAUAUGCUAAUCAUUAUCAAAUAUGAAAUAAAUGUUUUAACUAA